AUGUCUUCACAAGGAAUAACUAACACCACAAAGGAUCAACUGCUGCACGAGCAGCGAAAGCAGGAAGUUUUACCACAACUUCUUCCGAUCAGCUUAUUCAUCAUUCUGACAAAUAUUGUGGUAUUCAUUCUCUUCUGUUCCAAACCAGAAUUACGAAAAGCUUCGAACUAUCUGCUGUUUAGCUUGGCGAUUUGCGAUUUUAUGAACGGUUCUUUAAACAUUCCUCUUUUCAUUGUGAUCUUUAUUCCAGUGGUGGACCAAAAUCAAUAUGCUAGCUUUGUUUGUGCCAUGGAAGUCUCACACAAUUUCGUCGCCAUUGCAGCCGCUUGUCACAUUUUCCUGAUAACCGCUGAGAAGUACAUGGCUAUCUUGCGUCCUCUCAAGUACCACGUGAUCAAGAAGAAGACAGUGUUUUUGGCUAUUACGGGAGCUUGGCUAUCAUCAGCGUUGUUAGCCGCCGCACCAAUUGGCUGGUUUUCCUUGAGAUUAGGUAAGAAUCCCAUCGGAUUAGUCUUAGAGACCUCAUUUAACAUCUUCUGCCUGCUUACGAUCUUCGCGGCUCUAUACACUUUCAUCAUUUGUGCGUAUGUUACCAUAUUUAGGAAAGUCCGCGAUAGGAACGCCAAUCAAAACAACCGACAGAGAUUUAAAACACAAAAAAAGAGGAGGAACGAAUACAAGUGCUUUACAGUUUUUGCUACCAUGGCAAUCGUUUUCGCCAUGUGUUGGCUGCCGUGGUUUACCUUGCGCCUACUUUUCUCUUUAGUUGGUCAACGUUUGAUUACGCUAAAUUAUGCUGAUAUGGAGGCGGCUGCACACGUCAUCCUAAUUGUGAGAUACCUUACUUCGGUGGUAAACCCUUUACUUUACUCAUUCUUCAAACAAGACUUUUGGGGAGCGCUGAGGAGAUCAGUGUUGAAGGUGUUCAGGAAUGUUAAGAGCACAUCACGAAAACGAUGA